GCUAGCUCCGCAUGCUACACCCCGGUACACUAGCCUGCUAAACCACAUUAGCAUUAGCAAGUUGAACACCAGUCAGGAUGGAGCGAGACCGAGCUUUUAACUUCAAACUGCUGGUGCCGCCCCGGGUGAGUGCCGGACAGGUGUCUGCUGUGAGGCCCCAGGAAGCUGUGGAGAAGUGCAGUGAUUUCAUGAAUACAUUACAGCAGGAGUACAGUAUCUGCUUUGACAAAGGGCAAAAUAUGGCUUUUCCCGAUACAAGUAUGGUUACACCAACUAAACCCACCAAACAAGACUUUUACAAGAUGAAAGUUGUGCCACCGAUGGAAAAAGAUGAGGAUAAGUGUAAUCCUGGGCAGCUUUAUACCAAGCUGCUUGAUGAAGUUGAUAAAAUCAAGGACUGGAAGGUCAAAGUGGAUUCUGACACGGUGCAGAAGGAAAGACGACUCCAAGAAAACAAAAGAACAAUAGAAACUCAGCGCAAAGCCAUUCAGGAAUUACAGUUUGGCAAUGAAAGUCUCAGUUUAAAGCUGGAGGAGCAGAUCGGUGAAAAUGAGGAUUUGAGGAACAAAAACAACGCAACCAGGAACCUGUGUAACAUACUGAAGGACACCUUUCAGCGGUCAACUGAGAAAGUGCAUCUCUUUGAAUCUGAAAGAGAAGAAACUCAUCAGCUCUUUCUGGAAAACGGUGAAAGUGUUCAGAAACUGAUUGGAGCAUUCGAAAACCUCUGCAUCCGAGUAGAAGCUGAUCAACAAGAAUUGCACAAAGUGAAAGAAGGCUUGCUGCAGUUUGAAGAACUGAAAGAGAAAUAUUGUCAAGAAUACAACAUGAAGGAGGAAGAGGUUGCAGAGCUUCAAACAAAACUUAGGAAUAAGGAAAAUGAACUACAAACAAUCCUGCUUGACCUGAAGGAAACCCAGAAGCAGUGCAAACAACUUCAGGAGGCCUCAAAUCAACAAAAUGAAAUUCUCAAAAGCUCAGAAGCCGAACUGGAAUCUCUUCUUCAAAAACUGCAAACAGCCGAGCAUCAGCGUGAAGAAACUCAGAAAAAUCACGAAGCCACUGCUGCAGCGCUGAAACAGAGUAAAGACGAAUGUGCUCAGAUCAUCCAAAGCAAAGACUUAAGCUUGCAGGAGCUGAGCACAGUUAAAAUUCAACAAGCGGAGAAGCUAGAGCAGAUUCAGACAACUGUUGAAGAGCUACAGAGCUCAUUGGCCUUAGAGAUGCGGAGGGCUCAAGAGCUUGAGGAAAAACUCAUGGCAAACAACGAGGAACUUGAGAUAAGGAGUGUCGUUUUACGUGAGUCCAAGGAGCAGAAUGCUGAGAAAGAUGGGCAGAUCCAAAUCCUUGAAAAUGAACUGGACAUAAAGUUAAAGUCCAUUGAGUCCAUGAAGGAUAAGGUUAACGCAACUGAAGUCAGAGUGGAGGAACUGUCUGCUGAGCUUUCAAAGACAACUGAAGAAGUUCAGCUAUUUAAGGGUGAAUUGGAGAUGGCCUCUGCUGAAAACCAUCUACUGAAGAAGGCUUGUCAAGUUGCUGAAAAAGCACAGGAAGAUUUAAAAAAGAAAUCCACUGUGACUGAGCUCAAAGUGCAGCAGCUAGAGGGGCAAUUGUUUACUGAGAAGAAGAAAAAUAAAGACGAGAUGGAGCAACUGAGGAAAGAAGCCACAAACCAUCAAGCAAAGUAUGAAGAGCUAUUAUCUAACUUUGAUGAGCUUCAGUCUGAGAAGAUGUUCAUUCAGCAGCAGUUUGAGAGUGGAUUGUGUAAUGCGAAAGCUACUGAGGAGAGUGAGGAGAAGGCUGCAAAGCUCACAAAGGAAAUUCAAAGACUUGAAGAAGAAAACUUAUCUUUACACGAGGAAGUAAAGUCCAUUAAUACCAGAGUCCAAAGGAAAUGUCAAGAAACUGAGACGAUUCAGAAGAAAAUUGAAGAAAACUGUGAACUUCUGCAGGAGAUAGUAACAGAAAAAGAAAAACUGAUCAAAACUGUGGAAGCAAAGUUGUUCAAUAUCAAGAGAAAGAUUGAAGUUAAACACAAAGCCCAGGAGGAAUACCAGAAAGAGAAUAAAUUACUUAAGAAACAAAUAGCAAAGGAGAUAACGAAAUCCAGUCAGCUUGAAAAUGUGAUCGGCGAUCUUCAGGAAGAGUCCCUGAGCUUUAAAAAUCAGAACGAGAAAGACCAACAGGAAUUGCUCAAGGAUCUUGAGAAUAAAUCAACCUUCAGAGCAGAGCUUGAGAAUGAGGUACAGAAGCUCAAAGUAACAGCAGCAGAGGCUGCCAAGAACAAAGAGGAAGCAGAACUCAAGUGUCAACAGAAGAUAGCAGAUAUGGUCGCACUUAUGGAGAAACAUAAGAGCCAGUACGAGCGCAUGGUUGAAGAAAAGGAUGCAGAGCUCGAGGACAACAAGAAGAGAGAGUCGGGGGCUGUUGCCCAAACAAAAUCCCUGGAGUUGGAUCUCUUGAAGCUUAAGACUGAAAAUGAUGAACUCAAGAAAGAGCUGAAGACAGAAAUAACAAAGACGGAAAACCUACAGAAGAAUCUCAUUGAUCUGAAGAAAGAAAUGUCCUCAAUGAAAUUCACUCCGCUGUCAGAAGCAAUGAACAAGCAGUCACCUGCUUCAAACCGCAAACAAAACGGAUGUUCAGAGACUCCAAAGGAAAGUGCUUCAAAGAGACACGUGUUCGACUUCUCCAGGACCAGGAAAACUCCCUCAUGCAGCAGAGACGAUGGAAGUGCUGCCGUUCUGAAGAGCGUGGAACCUGACACUGAAUCUCUCAGAUCCUCAUUCGGAACAACACCAAAGAAAAAGGACUUUCACAACGACGACUCCAAACCCUCUAGAACUAUGACCUACAAGGUUGGCGGAAUAUCAAAGAUCAAAUCCUACAGAAUAAGAACGCCACCUUCUGAUGAAAAAGGAGCGCACUGGAGGAAGACUACCAUCGAGCUCGACCCUAAGUCUGACAGCUCUGAUCAUAAUGAUCUUCUGACCUUUGCAAACGAAUCGGCAUCUGUUUUUUCUGCUUCACACUGCAAACUCAACACCUCCAAAAAGAGCCCCGUCACUCAUAAGUCACCAGGGAACUUCCUGAAGUUGGCUGCAAUGAAGAGAAUGAGAGAUGCUGGUUGGACCGCGGUGACCAGCUGUGACAAGAAGAAGAAGAAGAACAGCGAGAAGAUCUUUGCAUAAGUACACAAGUUACAUGUCAGAUAAACUGUAUUAACAUAUACACAGGUUUUGUAUAAUAUGCUUAAAUACUUCUGUUAGGCAUCAAAUAGACGGUGGUAAUAAUAAUAAGUUUAUUUCUUUACAUGUUCAGAAAGUGUUGUUAUGGUUAAACAGUGUUGUUGGGUGUUCAUAUUCUCUCCUUUAAACUUCUGAUGUUACCUGAUGCGUUACUGAUGUUUCUAUGUUUAAUUUAUAUUGUUGGUAUGGGAAAAGGUGUAGGAGUUAUGUAUUAAUGUCUUAACAUAUAUUAAUCUGUUCUCGUUUUGACAGUGAUAUAAGUAAAAGUGUUCAAAUUGA